CAGGUAAGGCUGUGUCAAAUGCAAUCAGCUCCACAUUAGGACUUCCUCCCUUUCUCCCUGCUCGGCUUGACUUCCGCCCACGCUCGGUCUCGCGACUCCGCCGGCAACUGCUGAAGCAUUCCGAAAGGAGCUGACGUCAAGGGGGAAGGGCACGGGCCGUCCCGGCGUAUAUAUAGCCCUGCACCCCUGUCCAUUCAUAACGCAACUCUGGAUCUACAAGCCUACGCAGAGAAGCUCCUUCAUCGGAGUCUUCGGACAGCUGAACACAAGCAGAACGGAUUUUACCACAUCUGCCGGUUACUCGUAAAAAAAGAGACUCUGACGAAGCAACUUGAAGUUUCACAAACAAUGAAAAUGUCGGCGGAGGAGAUUUCCCAGAUCCUGAAAGAGGGAGAGCUGGAGAAGAGGAGCGACAACCUUCUCCAGUUCUGGAAAAGGAAAACUUGCGUGCUGACUACGGACAGCCUGAACAUCUACGCCGACACGCAGAAGCGCUCCAAGAGCAAAGAGAUGAAACUUCAGUCCAUCAAGAAGGUGGACUGUGUGGAGCGCACCGGGAAGUUUGUCUACUUCACCAUCGUUACUAUGGACAAUAAGGAAAUCGAUUUCAGGUGUUCGGCGGAGGACAACUGCUGGAACGCCGUGAUCACCAUGGCGUUGAUAGAUUUCCAAAACAAAAAGGCUAUCCAGGACUUUAAAACGCGACAGGACAACGAGAGCGCCUCGCCUGGGCAGCAGGAAAGACGUCUGGCCAGGGCGCCGUGAGCGACUCGGCACAUUGAACACUAUGUGUCAUUAUGGAACAUGAAGACAGAAUCGGACCAAAAGGAGACAUCUUCCGGUCCCAUCCGGUCCAGGGAUGAAGGAUUACUCGGGACGGGUCUCUCGGAAGCCGUACAAAGGCAGAAGGUUGACCCCGACAAAGAGACAGAGAAUUUCAAACGCAAGACUGAACUCUCAUUGUGAAAAGCAUUUUCUUUUUCUCAAACUUUUCUAGGAUAAGUGAUUCCGAGAAGAAGUUCAAACCUAUGUUUUUGUUGUAAUUUAUUGUUUCAAGGAUGUGGUGUUCAUGGAACAGUGGCUUGUGUUCUUUAAAUUAUUACUGUUUCAGUGUCCGUCAUGUGUCUAGUCUAUUUAUUGAAAUAAAUAUUCACUUUUGCCAUAAAAAACCUUCCUUGUUGUAUUUCCUUGUGACCCAUCUUGUAUGAAAGCCGUUACGCAGACAAACACUCAAUGCUGUCAUUCCUUCUCCUUUUUUAAACGGUCACAUUUCCCUGGUCGCCUUGGCGGCCUCUUGAAGUGAAUACCAGACGUGCCAUAGUGAAGAGAGAAGACUGGAAAGUCCCUUAAACACCUGUUAUCUCAGGUUCCGGCCUGACUCAUACCUUCACAGACCUGAUAGCAGCGUUCAUUGACAAACCGCACGACCAUUGAACACACCUUGGCUCAGUGCAAGGUGUGUCGCGGCCAGGUGACGGGGAACGGAACAACCGAGGAGAGGCAA